UCAUGAACCGAAUGAGAUGGUGUAUAAAUAAGAGCUCCAGUCAGGACAUUUUCAUGCACAGUGACAGAGACACAGUGUUGAGUGCAGACAUGUUGAAGUUGGGGGGUGUGGUCCUGACCCUGCUCUUUUUUGUGAAAGGUUCCCUUUCACAGCUGGAUAUUUGUGGUGUUGCACCUUUAAAUACCCGUAUUGUUGGGGGAACAAAUGCCCCAGAAGGGGCGUGGCCAUGGCAGGUUAGUUUGCAGAAAAAUGGAAUCCAUUUCUGUGGAGGAAGCCUCAUCAACAAAGAGUGGGUUAUGACCGCUGCCCACUGUUUCUCCAGCACUCCAAAAGCAGGCGUGCUUGCGUAUUUGGGAAAACAGACUCUGGUUGGCACCAAUCCAUAUCAGGUCUAUAAAACCAUCUCAAAGAUCUACAGUCACCCCAGCUACAAUAAGGUCACCAAUGAUAAUGACAUCACCUUGCUUCAUCUGAACAGUGCUGUGACCUUCACAGACUACAUCAGACCAGUGUGUCUGCCCAGUCUAGGGAGUGAUUUUCCUGGUGGCACCAAAUGCUGGAUCACAGGCUGGGGAAACAUCGCCUCUGGAGUGAGGUUACCUUCUCCUGGUGUGCUGCAAGAGGCUGAGGUGCCUGUUGUUGACAGAACUACAUGUAAUAAUAUGCUGGGAUCUGUGAAAGUUACUGAAAACAUGAUCUGUGCUGGAUACACAGAAGGAGGCACAGAUACCUGCCAGGGGGAUUCUGGAGGUCCGAUGGUGACUAAGCAGGGCUCAGGAGUCUGGAUUCAGGCUGGUAUCACUAGCUGGGGUUACGGCUGUGCUCUGCCUGGAUCACCUGGUGUGUAUACUCUGGUGUCCAAGUACCAGCCCUGGAUAUCGAGCACCAUCAAAUUAAAUCUGCCUGGUUUUGUUACCUAUACCCCUCCUGCACCUUAGGAAAAGGUACUACAGCAGACAAAGAGGAAGACUCCUUUCUGUUUUUCAGUUCUGUUUAUCUUUGCCUAUGGUUUUAGUUUAUGGUCUGAUUGUAACUUAUAGGGGCUGUAGGGCUUCCACAAUGAUCCAAGGUGGAGGAAUAUUAUUAGUGUUGGAGAAUCAAGAACUUUUUAAAUUACUGUUUCUUUAUGGUUCAUAUGAAUAAAGUUGACAACAGCAUCUA